AGUCCUCUACCUCUACCCACCUCAGACUAUGUCUGCUAAGGCUGACUUCGCCAACAGGGGGAGACUCCAGUCCGUUCCAAGAUCCAAGUUAAUGACUGACACGGUGGACUAUAAAGCCCGGGACCUUCCCCCCGUGGCUCCUGGUCCCGUCUACCAGGAGCAGAACCACACCAUGAGAACCAUUCUGAUCUGGAUCUUUGUCCUGGCCGCCGCUGCCGGACUCCCGGUCCUUUGCGACGGAGACCAGAAACCCGCUGAGACCCGCUCCCGCUUCGCCGCCCUGGACGACGUGCGUCUGCUCGCCAACGGCCUCCUCCAGCUGGGCCAGAGCCUGCGGGAGUUCGUGCUCAAGACCAAGGUGCAGAUCAACGAAAUCUUCCAAAAACUCAACAUCUUCGACCGCUCCUUCGACCAGCUGUCCGUGCUGGCCGGCGAAAUCAAGGAGGAGGAGGAGGAGCUGAAGAAGACCGCCGUGGUGCUGAGGGCCAACAACGAAGAGAUCAAGGGCCUGUCGGUCCGGAUCAACUCCAAGGUGGACUCCAUCAUGCUGGAGAAGGGCCACCUGCAGAGCAAGGUGCAGGGCCUGGAGGAGAAGCUGAGUAGUUUGUCUCAAGGCGUGUUUACCGGCAACCAGGUCGAAGAGAUCAACGGCCUUAGGGAAGUGAUUAACACCCAGGAGCAAAGCAUCACCGAGCUCCUGAAGGCCGUGAGGGAGCAAAGUGACCAACUCGACUACCAGAGGACCAAGAUCAAGACUCUGGAGGAAAAGUUUACAGCCAGCUCUACCGCCCAGGAGACGGUUGAGAGGAUGCCUGAACCCUUCAUGAGCCAAGCACCGACUCUUAGCCCCUACCUGGCCUCCAGCGAGACCGAUGCAGUCGCAGAUCUACCACCGGACUGCAGUGAACUCUUCAACAGAGGUGAGAGAACCAGCGGCGUGUACGCCAUCAGACCCAAUGGAUCCCAGCCCUUCAUGGUGUUUUGUGACAUGAGUACAGACUACGGGACAACCGUUAUCCAGCGGAGGAAGGACGGUUCUCUGAGCUUUGAUCAAACCUGGGAGAAAUACGAGAACGGAUUCGGAGAUUUCCACGGGGAGUUUUGGCUGGGUCUCAAGAAGAUGGCUCGCCUGGCCGCUCAGGGCAACUCGGUCCUCCGCAUCCAGCUGCGGGACUGGAGGCAAAACAAGCGUUUGGUUGAAUACCUUUUCAAUCUGGGCGGUCCGGAGAGCAACUACACGCUCCAGCUCCAGCUGCUGUGGGGAGAUCUGACCGACUUAAUGAGGAACCACACCGGCAUGAUGUUCUCCACGCAGGACAGGGACAAUGGCCAGAACCAGGACUCCAACUGUGCCCGCAGCUACACAGGUGGUUGGUGGUUCAGCAGUUGUGGAGAAACCAACUUGAACGGGAGGUACUUCCUCGUGAGAUCAAAGGGGCGCUCGGACCGGCGACGAGGAAUCCUUUUGAAGUCCGGACGUACAUCCUCUUGCACGCUCAAGUUCACACAGAUUUCAGUCCAUCCCGUCGGCACCUCUACCUCGACCUCUGAAACUGGCGGAUUUCUGGCAAAUAGCACAGAUGUUCGCCAGUGACGAGUCAACUGCAACCACAGUCCAGAGCGGCCUCUAAAGGGGAGCUUGGGAAGUGCUCCUUGUGGGCCUUGGCCACAGUUAAGGAUUUGGGCCACAGGAUUUAAGCUUAGAGACCAACAGUUCUCAGUUGUGGAAGAAAAUGUCAAAUGUCAAAUCGGAGUUAUGCUGCCAGAGUACAAGCUGGUCUGGUCCUCAGGCUGUGACGCGACCUCCGUUUUGGUUCGUAGUCAUGCAAAUUCAAUUAAUCUGUACUAGAUAGCUAAAAAUAAGACACAUUUUACAGAGGUAAGUAUGGUUUCACCUGCAAACAAUGCAUAAUACCAUCGAAUAAAUAAAUACGUUUUACAUCUAAUUUUAUUGGAGACUCUUGUUGAUAGAUAGAAAGAUAGAUAGAUAGAUCGAUCGAUAGAUAUUGUUGCGUUUGGACCAGAUGUUCUUCCGAGGGAAUUUAAGUUGCCGGUCGAUUCCAAGUUCUUUUGAUGACACAUAAGCUGAUUUUAAAUGAUAACCCAGAACAGAGUAGGUAUUUUGCAAUUUAUUCCAAAGCUUUGGAGAGACCAACCUAAAAAAACAACACAUUCAAUUCGCGUCGCCUAGUUGAUCUGAAAACCCUACGGACGCGCCGUCUUCUUCACUAUCUCCCCCGCCCGAAUCCACAUAUCUGUUGUUCUGCUAAGCCUGGGACAGGAAGAGAUAAGAAGGGAGUAUGGCUACUCCUUGCAUUCCUACAGUUUCAAGGUUAACACACGCAGUUUACUAGCGGACAACCAAAAAGAGAACAAAUGGGAAAACACUAGCUGUUUUCAGAAGUGACUAUGAAUAUAAAGAAAUAACUCUUAAAUAUGGAUAUAUGUAGAUAUCUUUAUCCGUCAAUAGAUAGAUAGAUAGAUAGAUAGAUAGACGAUCAAUCGAUCGAUAGAUAUUGUUGCGUUUGGACCAGAUGUUCUGGUCGAUCCCAAGUUCUUUUG